AUGACUGCACCAAUCAACACGCCGUCGACAGGAGCAGCGAAGGAUGCUGCCUCGGCCAGGAAGCGCAGAAGAAGAGCCCCCGCCGGCGGGGCCGCAGACGACUGCUUUACUUGCGCCAAGCGGAAUGUGAAGUGUGAUCGGAGGAGACCGUAUUGCUCGCAGUGCUUGGAGAUUGGUAACGAGUGCUCUGGCUACAAGACGCAGCUCACAUGGGGUGUUGGCGUGGCCAGUCGGGGCAAGCUUCGCGGGUUGUCGCUGCCCAUUGCAAAGGCACCACCAGUCAACCAAGCCAAGACGAGCCUUUCCAGCAUCAAGUCACCAACGACCACGACACGCUCUCGGACGACCUCCAUCACUUCGAACGGUCAGUGGCCAACCGAGCAGGAUGAGCGGGCAGUUCGCGGCGACCUGGAAAUGGGCCACGGGCGGAGCCCCUCUAUCACGAUACCUCCUUUUCACCACCACCCUUACGACAUGUCGCACAUGUCUCCUACCGAAUCCGCGCCGCCGGGAUGGACUCACAUUCCCUUCUCGUCCAGCAUGCCCCCAGUAGAUGGUCCGAGGUUUCCUCCACCACGCAGUCUUCACAUUCCUGUGUCGACUCCUGGUGACAUGAUGAUGCACCGGGAAAUGAUCCACACUCCCCUGGACACCAUGAGCGAGGUUGACUACAUGUCUCCCAUUGCUCACUCGUUUCCGAGAGACGACGUGCCGCAAUACAUCCACAGCCCUAUUGUCUACGACGGAUUCCACAAUCACGGGUCGCCCGUUCCACAGAGCCCAACAGGUGGCAUCAUGAUUGAGCAGCCCCGGGCACCAACCUCUUGCCCCAGCCUCGUAUAUGGUCCAUCAGAACCCGCUUCGAGUCUUCAAUCUCACAUGUCUCAUGUAGAGUCCUUGGAAGCCCAGCUCAGUCGCAAGCUCCCACAUGAAUGCGACGUCAUGGCUCCUGGCACGCCUGACUUGGACACGUACGGAAGCAGUGUCCAGUCUCACCACGGCUCUUUCUGGGCCCCCUCGAACGCGGAUGAGGAUUCGCUCUCCUGCAGCGUCAAUGAAAGGACCCAAGCCCCCUGGGCGAACUCAUAUCCUUCACAGUCACCAUCACCCGUCUUGCAGAUGAGCCCAGAUCUCGCCACUAAGAUGCCAUUCUUCAUCGACUACUACGAGAAGUCCAUGUGCCCUAGCAUGGUGUUUAUCGAUGGCCCCAACAAUCCCUUCCGAGAGCAUAUUCUUGGCCUUGCCAACAGCAGCCGGAGCUUGCAGCACGCCAUCUGCGCGCUGGCCGCCUGCAACCUCAGGAUGAAGCGCAAACUCAGUCUCGGUCAACACAGUUUCGACAUGAGAGAGAAGAGUCCCGUGGAGAGCCCCUCGGAUGGGCAAGAUCAGUCAUUGACUGAAGAAUACCAACACAGAAACUUGGCAGUACGGUUACUUGACGAGCAGCUCAACGACGCGGAAAAGUCAACACAGGACUCCGUUUUGGCCACCAUCUUGUUGCUCUGCCACUACAGAAUGGCCGAGUCAGGGGUUGCCAAGUUUCACACACAGUUUGCCGGAGUCAAGAAGAUUCUGGGCAUGCGCCGGAUGUCUCCUUACCCACCAUCAAGAGACUCGGCCUGGAUGGAGGCGCUCUUCACAUACUUUGAUGCCAUCUCCGCCAGUGUUAACGACAGAGAAGCCCAGCUCAACACGAGCUUUUACGGUGUUCUCCCUGAUGCACAGCUCCUCCCACCCGGAGCUGAGAACCUCGUCGGCUGCGACCGCGAGCUCUUCAGGACCAUUAUCAAACUUGGCCGACUUAACUUGCUUUCUCAGCAGCGGCCAGUCCAGAACCUCCUCGCCUCCUCGCCACUCCCCCGGGCAAAUGAUACCUCGCGUGCCGUCUCCCCGCUCGGUGCGCCAUUCAAGUCAUCUCCCCUCCUCAGCGGCCCCGACCACCACCACAGCCUCUUUGGCGGCCUUCCCCACCCCAUCAACAGCAGCGUCCGCUUCGACGGCAACGGGUUUGGCUCCACCCUCGACGACAAUGACCAUCUCGGCGCCAACUCGAUGCAAUCACCCUCCUCCGCCUACGAUGACCACCGCAGCGCCUUCUGGCGCGAGUGGAAAGAGGCCCGCAUCGCCCUCCAAACCUGGGAAUUCGACUCCAACCGCGUCCGGGCCUCGCUCACCGGCCCGCCGCUCCCGCUUCCAUCCCUCUCUUCCUCUCCCACAUCCCCAGGAGUAGGAAUGGGAGUUGGCGCUGGUGUCAAUGGCACCACCCCACCCCCGACCGCGACUCAGAUCCGGGAUCUCAACUCCCUCUCCGAAGCCUUCCGGUAUGCCGCGCUCUUGUACACCGAGCGUCUUGCCAGCCCUCACUCCCCCUCCACCCACAACAACUUCCGCAACUUGGUUUCUCAGGUGGUCUACUACGCCACCAGCCUCGAAGCGGGUUCCUCCGCGGAGAAGUUUCUGCUCUGGCCGCUUUUUGUUGCGGGAAGCGAGUGCGUCAAUGAGCUGCAGCAGAAUAUUGUCCGGUCCAAGUGCAGGGAGAUUAUGAACCGGAGCGGGUACAUGAACAACCUUGCCGCGUUGGAAGUGCUUGAGCGGCUCUGGGCUGGGGAGGGGGUGCAAGUCAAGGAUGAGUACAACAGGAUGAGGCCGGGCACGGCGGGGCAGCAGCAGAGGGGCGGGCCGUUUAAUUGGAUCAAGUGUAUUGGGGGAAAUCAGGAGGUGGAGUGGAUUAUGUUUUGA